AUGGAGCUCAAGUGCCUUUUGAUGUGGCUCUUGUUUGGAUCCAUCAAGGCGAACAAGCCAGAAAAAUGCCCAGCUCUUCCAAGGACCAAAUUUGCUGAUGUUACUGCUGAAGCGUAUCCAGUGGGGACCAAACUGUAUUAUGAAUGUGACAGGGGCUACACGAGAAGAGGUGGCCAGUACCCAGGAAUUCGGUGUCAGAGUAUACAGCAGGUUGCUUCUUGGGUCUACAAGAAAUUUGAAUGCAUUGAUGAGAAAAUUUUGUUGUCAAUGGCUCCCACAAUGGAGUUAGAUUUUACACAGAAGCCAGAAAGAAUAACACAGAGCCCUGCACCCCAGAAGCAAGAAAACCUUUCAGAGUUUGACCAGAAAGAUUUUUGUGGUCCUCCCAGGACUAUUCCACAUGCCUCUUUAAGCCUGAACAAACAGUAUUACGUGGGGCAAGUGUUACAUUUCAAAUGCCAGAGCGGUUACGAUAAGCGAUCCCCCAUCUCUGGCACGCGCACGUGCAAGAAGGUGAAUGGCAAAAUCAUCUGGACCCACCUUGACAUGCAAUGCACCAAUGACAGCAGCUAUAGUGACGAGUGGCCGCCACAGGUGAUUGAGCCAGGUUCGACUCAUCCAUCCUUUUCCUCAUCUGUGAUACUGCCAGUGACAGGGCAGAUUAAGAGGAAAAUAACAAAACUGAAGGGUUUUAUACUCUUCUUUUUAGCCUUAGCUCACAGUGCACAGUAA